UUAAAAAAAAAAACACAGUAUCACUGAUUGAAACGGCAGAGCUGGGAAUACGGAGGAUCUAGGGUUUAUGGGAUCUCUCCGUUUCUAGUUAUUGCUCAAUAAAAGUUACAUAGAAAUCGUGGCCUCUCCCGCUCCGUUUCGAUCAUGUAAAAAUUGAUAUGGUUAUUAGGGUUUUUGAAAUUGGGUAAGAGAUUUUUAAAAUACGGUAGUCAUAAGAAGCGUGUAGUUGGGGUUUCGAAUCUGAAAGAAACCUAAAAAGAGAAAUUUCUGCAUUGAAAGGAAAAAAAAGCAGUACUUGUACUAUAAGACAUACACAGAGAAUCGAAGCUGGAAAAGAAGUUAUUUUGAGAAUAUUGUAAAUAUGCUAGGGUUGCACAAAUCGAAAAGGAUUUCUUGGGCAUCUGAUGUAAAUCUUUGUCAGGUGAGGCUUUUUUUGUCUGAGGAGUCUCCUUCACAAGUUGGGUUAGGUGCCCAAGACCACCUGCAAGCAAAGUCUUCAUGGCCAACACAUUUGAAUGGAGCGAUCAACAACGAGUUUCUUCCUCCUGGCUUUGAGGGAGCUCAUCCUCCAAACCAGUUACAAAUUAAAUUGUCUGAAAUUCCUCUAAUCAAAUGGGGAUGUCCUCAAAGGUUUUGUUUGGACCUAAAUUGGCAAGUGGUAGCUGGGGAUGAGAGCGACGAGGUGAAGAUUCAAAAUCAAAGAGAGAUGAGAGUUCUUGAAGCAGUUUAUCCUCGCCCAUCUGCCAUUCCUCCAAACCCCUCUUUCUCAGUGGACAUAGAAUGUGCGCCUUACAAUGAUAAGCAAACUCCUCUGAUACCCAUUACUCCCAUUGAAGAUGAAGAAGCUGCAGCAGACACACCUUCUGGUUUGGUGGCACCGUUUAAUGUUUUGAUGAGCUCACAGCCCCUACUUUUGCCUCCCGGAAUUCCAGCUCCUCCUCAAGGUAACAUAAUUGGCACAUCAAGCACUGCAGUCAAUGAGAAACUGGCGGCAUCUGGAAUGCCAUUUGGCAUUGACCCUGAAGUAGUUGCUGCUGCAUCAUCUGCCUUGAAUGAAAUGACAAAGAGCAAUGAGCAUGGCAAUUUGAUUGACCAUGACUUGCUCAUUAAAAUCCUCAGCAACCCCAAAUUGAUUGAGAAUUUGGUGACUGACCAUGGUGCAUCUUCCAAAAUGCAGAACAUUCCCAAGCCAACUUUGCCUUUGGCAUCAUUAUCUGAUCAUCCUCCCCUUCCACCUGUUUUGGUAAUUGAUCGACCUUCUUUUCGUGUGAAUACGAUGGAAAGCAGUUCACCUUCAAUGGCGACUACAUCAAAUGGAGCAUUUUAUACUCAACCAAAUGGGGUUGGAGUGGGGCAUCCGCCUAAUGCAUGGGCUAAACCACUGCCUGGGGUUAUUCCAUCUUCAUCUUCGGCUUGCUGUGGGGUUUCUCAAACAAAAGACAUGAACUAUUAUAAGAACUUAAUACAGCAACAUGGAGGGGAAAGAAAGGAAAUUCCUCAGAAUCAUCAGUUUGGUAAGCCCAAAAUAAUGAAACCUUGUAUUUAUUUUAACAGUUCAAGAGGGUGCCGUCAUGGGGCCAAUUGUGCAUACCAGCACGAUGCAUCAUCGCAGCAACGGGGCAGUAGCAUGCCCGAGAUGCAAAAUGCCAAGAGAAUGAAAAUGGAUAAGGAAAUUAGCAGUUAAAAAAAGAAAAAGAAAAAAAAUCACUUUUGGGUUCUGGCCUUAUCUUGUUGCACAUAGUAUAUUUUCUUUUCAGUACGCUAUUUUUUGUGGCAUUUAUAAUCAGGAUUUGAGUUGCCGAAUGAGGAUCUUGUAUUGGACGGUCUCAACUGAGGAAUUUUCUUCAUUGUUAUGACCAAGUAUCUCCAUCAUAAGUUUAUUUCC